AGAAAAGAAGAGAAAAGAAAGAAAAGAAAGCCUAAGAGAGAGAAGCGAAAACCAGAGGAAAAAGCAGGCAAAAGUGUGCAGAGCGAAAAGGCGCUGAAAUGGCGGAGAACUCGCGGCCGGAUUCUCUGCGAUUCGUAGUCUGUGGUGGUGUCUGACGAGAUCAUUGUUCGGAGUGGAUUCGUUUGGUGUGAUUUUCGCGGCGACUGGUGGAGGUUUGAGGACAUUGGGGGGGUGGUGUGUGUGAGUGAGCUAGGGUUCUGGGGGGAAGGUGAUGCGGGUUGGGGAGUGUGGUGGUGGAUCAGUGAAGGUUGAUGAAGUAGGGAGAAGUGGUGGCGGUGGUGAUGGAGCGGGAGAUCGGUGCUUCGUUUCUGGUUUGGUUGAUCUUGUUUGUUCGUCCAUUGACUAUGAUAUAUGCUAAUAUGGAAGGUGAUGCUUUGCAUAGCCUAAGAACCAAUUUAGAAGAUCCUAACAAUGUGCUGCAGAGUUGGGAUCCUACGCUAGUGAACCCAUGCACAUGGUUUCAUGUCACAUGUAACAAUGAAAAUAGUGUUAUAAGAGUUGAUCUUGGAAAUGCAGCAUUAUCUGGUCAAUUGGUUCCACAACUUGGACAGCUUAAGAAUUUACAGUACCUGGAACUUUAUAGUAACAACAUAAGUGGACAAAUUCCUAGUGAUCUUGGGAAUCUGACAAGCUUGGUGAGCUUGGAUCUCUACUUGAACAGGUUCACUGGUGCCAUUCCAGACACAUUGGGCAAGCUGACAAAACUGCGCUUCCUCCGGCUUAACAACAACAGCCUAUCAGGUUCCAUUCCCAUGUUCUUGACUAAUAUCUCAGCACUGCAAGUCUUGGAUCUGUCAAACAAUCGUCUAGCAGGACCUGUUCCUGACAAUGGUUCAUUUUCACUAUUUACUCCCAUAAGUUUUGCAAAUAACUUGAAUCUAUGUGGUCCGGUUAUUGGGAAGCCCUGCCCUGGGUCUCCUCCAUUUUCUCCACCACCUCCAUUUGUGCCACCAUCUACAGUUUCUUCUCCUGGAGGAAAUAGUGCCACAGGAGCAAUUGCUGGAGGAGUGGCUGCUGGUGCUGCUUUACUGUUUGCUGCACCAGCAAUUGGUUUUGCAUGGUGGCGGCGGAGGAAGCCACAAGAACAUUUCUUUGAUGUACCUGCUGAAGAGGAUCCAGAAGUCCACCUGGGGCAGCUCAAAAGGUUUUCCCUGCGAGAAUUACAAGUUGCAACAGAUAGCUUUAGCAACAAAAAUAUUCUGGGGAGAGGUGGAUUUGGAAAGGUGUACAAGGGUCGCCUUGCAGAUGGUUCAUUAGUGGCAGUGAAGAGACUUAAAGAAGAACGUACUCCGGGUGGAGAGUUGCAGUUUCAGACGGAAGUAGAAAUGAUUAGCAUGGCUGUGCACCGGAAUCUGCUUCGGUUACGUGGUUUUUGCAUGACACCAACUGAGCGGUUACUUGUUUAUCCAUACAUGGCUAAUGGAAGUGUUGCUUCAUGCCUAAGAGAACGUCCACCAUCAGAACCACCACUUGAUUGGAACACUAGGAAAAGAAUAGCUUUGGGAUCUGCAAGGGGGCUUUCCUAUUUGCAUGAUCACUGCGAUCCAAAGAUAAUUCACCGUGACGUGAAAGCAGCCAAUAUUUUGUUGGAUGAGGAGUUUGAAGCUGUUGUUGGUGAUUUUGGAUUAGCUAAACUUAUGGACUAUAAGGACACACAUGUUACUACUGCUGUACGUGGCACCAUUGGGCAUAUAGCGCCUGAGUAUCUCUCUACGGGGAAAUCAUCAGAGAAGACAGAUGUUUUUGGUUAUGGAAUUAUGCUUUUAGAGCUAAUUACUGGACAGAGGGCAUUUGAUCUUGCUCGACUUGCAAAUGAUGAUGAUGUCAUGCUGCUUGAUUGGGUUAAAGGGCUUCUAAAGGAGAAGAAGUUGGAAAUGUUGGUUGAUCCCGAUCUGCAGACAAAUUAUGUUGAAGCUGAAGUAGAGCAGCUGAUCCAAGUAGCACUGCUCUGCACACAAGGGUCUCCAAUGGAACGGCCUAAGAUGUCUGAGGUUGUCCGAAUGCUUGAAGGUGAUGGUUUGGCAGAAAGAUGGGAGGAGUGGCAGAAGGUGGAGGUCGUCCGUCAGGAGGUGGAACUGGCCCCUCCCCGGUGUUCUGAAUGGAUCGUAGACUCCACCGACAACCUACAUGCUGUAGAAUUGUCUGGUCCAAGAUGACACCACACCACACCGCCACGAUCAAGUAAAGGAAAAAAAUUUAUUUACAUCCUUUUUUUCUUCUCCUUUUCUCCCCCGUCUUUUCAUUUCUCCUGUAAGCUUAUUAUUAUGCAUUCUGUAGUUACAUUCAUCAUAAUUUGUGCAUAUGAAUCUUUCUGAAGGCCAAUUUGUAUGGCCUAACUGCAUUUCUUGAUCCUGAAAUGCUGGAAAAAAGUUUGUGCCAUUGGCAGUUUUUAACCUUCCCGGGUGCCAGACAAAACCCAGAGAUUUAUCAUCACUGUACCUCAAUUUUUAUGCACCCUUUUGAUUUGUAAUCUUUUAACAAAGAUGUUUCUUCAUAGUAAGAUUGUGAGAUAUGACUAAUGUAUUCCCUCUCAUGGUGUAGACUUCUGGACUUGCUUCCCUUGUGUUAUAACUUAUAAGUGCA